UCAAUACAGGUAUGUCAAAAAUAGUUCAGAUAUUACAAAUCUUUCCUCUAACAAAUUUUAAAAUAUCCAUAAUCCUCUCAUUCUUUUUUGUUCUCAAAGAUCGAUCACCUUUAAAAAAAGAAAUGGUCAGCUGGAUUUAUCGCAAAAAUCACCGGGAAUCAACAAUCUCCUCCCAACGAAAUACAUCGAAAAGCAAACUUUUCAAAAAGAAACAACACGAAAUACUAAUCUCAGUUCAAUAUCUUUGUCCAUAAUUAACUUAACCAAAAAUAUUUCGCAAAAUCAUGAAAUGACAUUAAAAAUCUCUUCAUCAUUAUCUGAAUUCAUAUUAAUAGAAUAUUGUUUGGUCAAAGGUCAAUCGAUUCCUUCCAAAAUCCUGCCAACAUAUGAACAUGAAAAACUCUUAGAUUUAAAAUGUUUCAAUACAAACAUUCAUAGAAUUAAACAAAUCAUUGAUAUAUAUAAUAAUCUAAUAGAAUAUCAAUGUAUUUUAUUCAAACGAAUCAUUCAUCAUCGGACAUCGAAUAAGAAUCAUUCAAUUUGGAUCAGUCAAUCAUUUCAUUUAAACAAUAUCUCAUUAUAUAAUACAGUUUAUUCUACUUGUCUUAUACGUGUUUGUCAAAUAGAACAACUUUGUACAUAUGCUGAAUUUUAUUCAUUGAAUAGAACAAAUAAACAAUAUAAUGAUCCAUAUGUACAAUCUAAAGUGUAUAUACCAUUGAUAAUAUUGAAUAAUAAUAAUAACUAUAGAAACAAAUCGAAAUUAUCCCACUUAUUCCCGCCAAUAAAUUUUAAUAAUUUAAUACAAUUUUACUUUAUUGAAUCUACAUUGCAAAUAAAUCAAACUAACAUUAACAUACAAUUGAAUGAUUCUAUUGAUGUAUCUUUUAAACAUUCAAUUAUAAAUGUGAACAAAUCACUAGAAUAUGUUUGGAUUAAAUAUAUAUUGGGAAUUUCCAUUUUUACUUUAAUGUGUCAAAUUAUAAUAUUUUCAUUUAAACAUUUGAAGAAAUGCUACACAAAAUACAAACUUGUCAAUCAUAGAAAUCCGUUUGUAAUGACAGCGGUUACAAACGAAGUUCAACAGUCGGUGAAUAGAGAUGUAAACUCUAAACAAAUUUGUCACAAUGAUUAUCAUGUUGAAAAUAGAUGUGAAUUACAUAAUACCAAUGUCAUAAUGAAUGAUAAUAGAUUAAAUAAAGAAAUAAAAGAUAUAGAAUGUGAUAGAAUUGAACAUAAUCCACUUGAUCAUCAACAACAAACUAGUCAUUCAAUGACAUGUUUAUUAAUUUAUCCAUCGAACAAAUCAAAUCAAUGUCGUCUCUUAUUCAAUAAUAACCAUAAUAAUACAUUACAUUAUACUAAUUCAUGUCUUCCAUCACCUAUUCAUUGCCAAUACAAUCAAAAUCAUCUAUCAAAGUUUAAGAUUGAUUCAUGUGUAAAAUCAAAAUAUAUCAACUUACCACAACGUAUAUGUAAAUCAACAUUGAAUAUUGCUACUAAACAUCAAAUGAAAUUAUCAACAGAACAAUUAACAUUGAAUGAAUAUGAUAAAAUGAAUCAAGUAAAUGAUAAAAAUCUGCCGCUUUUCAAUAAUUGUACACAUAGAAAUGUAUUUUUACCAACUUGUUAUCAUAAUGAUUGUUUAAAACAAAAAUAUGCUUAUUGUACAGUAUAUCAUAGUUUAAAGAAUCAAGAUUAUAAAGAUGGUUGGGUUUAAGCUCUACUUUUCUUCUUUAUAUUGAUGAAGGUGUGAGGAUACUUUUUAAUUGAAACUAUAGAGGAGAAUUGAGUUUAUACUUUGUAUGAGGUUUUCAAACGACUUGGAUUAGAUGCUUCGACAGAGAUGCCACCAGGUGCUGUAUUCCAGACAAAUCUUGUAUAGGCUAACUGUGAAGUGUACUGUUAACUGAAAAUGUUUUGAUAGUUAAGCUCGUAGCUUGUGUUGUAGCUGCUUGCAUUACUGUGAAAUUGUGAAGUACUUUCUGUAUAAUAUCGGAAGUCGUAAUGACUGUCUUUGUAACCUGGCGUAAA